CCUGCACGCUGGUUCGUAUCCUAAUCGGGAGUCUGGAAGCGGCAAUCAUGCACAUAGAUAACGCAUACAUGAGGUCACCAUUCAAUUACGUACGGCUCCGAUUAAGGGAUGCAAGCGAUACGCCACAUAUAACAUGGUCAACCCUUGUGUGGGAAAGUUUUUCAGAUAUCUAGGUUCCUCAACAGCCGGGAAUGUCUUGCUAUAGAUAGCGACCCUUCUGACGUAUAUAACCGGACACACUUGCAAGCAAUAAGAGCCUGCGCGUGCAUCUCUCUUACAGUCCCAGGACUUCUACCUCCCCAAAUCGCCACACCCAUGACAAUACCGACCGCACUUAUCUGUGCGAUUAACACAACGGGUCUAAUGAUCCCGCUUUCUCGGCGCUUUACUGUUUCUUCUCCGCCAGCUUCAGAUGAGAAUGCACUAAUCGAUGAAAAUACACAUCUCAUCCAAUCUCGCCGGGUAUAUAAACGGCUCGAACGAGAACUCUAUUUGCGAGACAACCCACCCAGAUAUGCAUCCCGCCUUUUUGAUGAGCUAUCACGCUUCUAUGACCAAGGAAUGGUACCUCUAAUUUUGGAGGCACUCUCCGCGACGUUUUACCUACUGUUUUAUUCGCUCGAGCUCUUUGAUGCCACCAGCCUUGGCUCUCCCGGAAAGCUCCUCGGUGGUCCUUCGUUUGGGCUUGCAUUUGUGUUUGUAUAUUACGUUUUUCUAACGUUUCUACACUCUUGGAACAUACGUUGGCCUUUCAAAGUGGCAGAGCUCGCCCAUACGUCAAGUAUGCCGUGUAUUACCAACUCUCAGUCUGCCCAGCGCUAUCAGAUAUUGCAAGGGGAGGAGUCCUUCCCCAGCUCACCCACUUUAGCUAUUUCCGUCGAUGGCAAAUCGAAGAAUGCGAAAUUUACUGUCGUGGACUGUAGGGACGACAUCAUACCGGUUGUGUCCUCAAUUACAGACACUGUCACCCAAGUUAUCGAGAUUCCCCACAAAGGCCCAUACGAUCCGUAUCUGUGCAACAAGCAAAACGUGGUUACUGUUUCGGAGCUUCUUGAAGAGGGGCUUGACCUGACCGUCUCACAAGAACGGACACAGCGCUGUAACUCAUUUGGCAGACAUUCAGUGACGAUUGGUCCCGUAUUGGCCACUUUGUUAACGUUUAGCCCAGUCAAAGGUCAUGCGCUUCCAGUUUACGACUACAUGACUGCUUUUGUGGAAAGGGAUACGGUCCCUAAGGCUGAGCUGGCUAUUUCCAGCGACCUUUCUCGAGUGGUAUUGUUGGAAAUUGGAUUGUUUUUGUUGCUCCUAUCGAAGGUAAGCACUCUAUUUUCAUCAUGUGUCAGAUACACCAAGAAAGAGCGGCGCACAGACGUGCAAGGAGAUAUUGCAGAUACCUGGGAGUAUGGUGAGCCUUCUCGUAACCUUACCCAUCCCUUUGUUUCUGGAUUUGGGAAUAUCUAUGUUGCUGAGGGGCUUUAUUUCGUCACCAUGAUCGGUUUGGCGAUUUCCGGUUACCCCGCAUUCCCUGGUAUUUUGGGUGGAAAUAGUAACCCUCAAAACGGUUAUAAAACUGCCAAUAUAGCAUGUUUUUCGGCUCUCGCGGCUAUGAAUUUGGGGAGCUGUUACUUGGAUUUUUGUGGAGCAGAAAUUAAAUAGACGAAGGAAUUGACAAAAGUGGACGGGGUGUGAGCGUGUUUUAUUAAUGGCUGUUCAGUAACCUUUAACAUGCUUGGGACAUCAGAAGAUUGUAUCCGGAAAGAAAAGCGAGAAUCUUUUACAUGUGUUUCCUUUUUAUCAGUACU